AAUUGACACUUGAAUGAAUAAUGAAUAAUUUGCCUAGGGCCGGGCUCUGUGUGAAUGAACGGGUGCUCUUCCCUGAUUGGCCAAUAGUCCUGCCAAUCAUCCUUACACUCUACCCGCUUAUGUUACUGCAGGUGCAAAGCUGGACUCUUGGCUAGCCGCUGCUGGGAAGCCGAGGAUAAAACACAGAGGAAACGAUGGCGUCUGCAAAUGCCACCUACGGACAGAAGGAGUCCUCGGACCAGAACUUUGAUUACAUGUUUAAAAUCCUCAUCAUUGGCAACAGCAGCGUAGGAAAGACUUCCUUCCUUUUCCGCUACGCGGACGACUCAUUCACUCCAGCCUUUGUCAGCACAGUGGGCAUCGACUUCAAGGUGAAGACCAUCUACAGGAACGACAAGAGGAUAAAGCUGCAGAUAUGGGACACUGCUGGCCAGGAGCGCUACAGGACAAUCACAACAGCUUACUACAGGGGAGCCAUGGGCUUCAUCCUCAUGUAUGACAUCACCAACGAGGAGUCCUUCAACGCCGUCCAAGACUGGUCGACCCAGAUCAAGACGUACUCAUGGGACAAUGCCCAGGUCCUCCUGGUGGGGAACAAGUGUGAUAUGGAGGACGAACGGGUGGUGGCCUCAGAGAGGGGCCGACAGCUGUCAGAACAGCUGGGUUUUGAGCACUUUCAAGCAAGUGCUAAAGAUAACAUUAACGUGAAGCAGACCUUUGAGCGGCUGGUGGACAUCAUCUGUGAGAGGAUGUCAGACAGUUUGGACAACAACGACCCGACUGUAACUGGCACUAAACAGGGACCGCAGCUCAGUGAGCAGCCGCAGAGGUCCCAUCAGGAUUGUGCUUGCUAAACAUGACCACACAUGCGCGCACACACACACACACACAUUCACACAGUCACAGUCUGCCAUCCUAAAGUCCACACAACAGGUUUUUUUUAGGUUUCUUCUCUACUUUCGGUUUCUUCUUAUUUGCACAUUUAUUACACACACACACACACACACACACACACACUGCCGUACAGAUAAACACAACCUGACUGCUUGAGCGCUCCACCCCUCUAUCUACAGGAAGAGCUUUGUCCACAUCUCAGUCAUACAGAGAUUGUGUGUCUGUGCUAACUUAGUCAGGGGGUGAAGAACAAUUAACAGAGGUACAAUCCCCUGUCUUUCUUUCUUUCUUUCUUACUUGAACACAUUUACACACACAAACGCACACAAGCAAUCCUUAUCUUAACAUACUUCUAAAAGACCAGUGAAGGCUGAGACUCCAUCAUUCCUUGUUGACGUGUGCGAUUGGGGUUUUACUAUAAAAGGAUGUGGAUCCUCCAAUCGAAGGCCCCGCUCGGCACACCUCAAACCUAUAUGGAUACGACUUUGUUUUACUUUCAGUCCCAUUGAAAAUAUACAUUUGUUACUGUGGAUACUGUUUUUCUUUUCUUUUUUUAAAUAUAUACAUAUUUUUGAGUUUGUUGGGUGUAGUUUUGAGCAUGUGAAACCACUGGCUCUGGUCAGUGUUGUGAUUGACUUUCUUCAAAUGGUUGCGGUCUGAGUUGGACGUCCACAUGGGGUCAUUUAAAAAAAUCAAAAUGUUUUUCUUCUAAUUUUAGGAAUAAAUGUAAGAAUAGUCUUGUACAUUGGUUUGCUGGUCAGGUUGUUAUUCAUUUCUUUUAGUGAAAUUGGAUGGCAGUCUUAUUUAUUUUUUUAUUUGUUAGUCCAAAUUGAGAAGAGUGUAUAAAUGUUUUAACAAUAGAAAUGCAUUCAAAAAUGCUUAAAUAAUAUAUAUACAUAGGUAUAUUGUACAAUAAUCAUUUAGGAUAAUGGGUUGCUACUAAUGUUUUCGUGAGCGGUGCAUGAUGUUGUUUUUAACCGAUACUGGUGGAUUGCACGGUUAUUUGUACGAGCUGCUGUCUGUAUUUCAAACUGCUGCCCUAAAGUUUCCUUCUCAUUGUACUAACUUCACUGCAUUCAAUGUGCAACACUCAGUCGAAAGGCGAAAAGUGAUUCAAUGUUUGCACUGCUACACCAGAGACCUCUGUGUCAACUUCAGAUAAGGGUGGAACGUGUUUUCAUCUCUACGUUAUGGGGGAACCUUUUGUUUUAAAGCAUGUUAAAUGUCAAAUUGUGUGUUCUCUCUCUCUGAUGCUACCUUUACGGUUUGUCUGCUUGUGUAAUAGAGUACAAAACCUUAUGUAAGGCAUGCUGCAAUAUGUUAAACAAUUGAGUUAUUUAAAAAUAGAGCUAUUUAUUUUGCAUAUUUAUAACCUAAUCUUUUUAAGAUAAUUUUCUUUUUAGAUUGUACAUUGCGGUCUGCGCUGUACUUUCUAAAGAGAUGUUCAAUAGCAUUCAAUUGUUUAAACUCUGCCAGCUUUAAAAUGGAAAUGCAUUUGUUUUUAUAGACGAUGUAAAGCUCAAGAUGCUUCCACAAGAGGAAUGUUUGAAGUUCCCAGUUUAAAAAUUGUUUAUAUAAGCACAGCUUUGGUGUGAAGUUUUGUCAUUGUUCUGCUUCCAAGACGUGGUGGUGUAAAAGCCGGUUCUCUCAGAGCAAUAGUCGUCCUUUCUCUCCACACCCAAAUGAGCAAUACGCUACCCUAAGCAGCGUUUGUAAUGUUCCUGUAAAGGCAGGAAUUGUUUUUUCCAAAGACAUCUUAACAUGUUUAGAGCCCAACAGCGUGCCGGUUAGACCUUAGUGGGACUUGCACCAACACGUGUUGUAAUGUUUUCCUGCUCUGUGCACGAGCUUCGAAAGAGGGAAACCAUUCGGGAAGUAAAGUGAAUACUCUUUACACUUUUUUUUUUUGACCGCUGAUUCUUACUGCAGUGGUUCACUUUUGACGUUUGUUGAUUUUUGUUACUUUAUUUAUUGUCUUUUGCUGCCCCGGUAAACCUGCUGGUGAUUUAGGGACACUUCUCAAUGCUGUUCUUCUUCCUGCCUCCUAUAACUCUUGUAAAUAGAAACUUUUCUGCCUGUCAGGUGUUAGUUUUGUGAAUUGUGCUGUAUUUCUGUAUUGACAAAUUUGCUAAAGUGGGGAAAUUAAAAAAAAAAAAUCUACAAGCCGGA